AACCAACAUUGCUUUUAAUUUAGUUCCAAUUUUCGCCGUUUUAAUCGCGGCUUUUUGUUUAUUGAGGUUAUGUCGUUGCGUUUAAUUUCAACUUAAAAAUGGAAAAACUGCGAUUAUUUAAUAACACAUCACAAAAACGAUGUUAUCAAAGAAUUAGAAAGCGAUAAACACUUCUCGAUUAACAUUAAGUUAUGUCGUUGCGUUUAAUUUCAACUUAAAAAUGGAAAAACUUAGCGAUUAUUUAAUAACACAUCACAAAAACGAUAUUAUUAAUAUAAUAAGAGAUGAAGAAUACGAUAAACACUUCUCGAUUAACAUUAAUUUUAUGCAGUUAUUUGAAGAAAACGCUUUAUUGGGGAACAAAUUUCUCACCGAUUUCGAAUCUACCUCAUCGCAAUGCUCAUCUCACCUACAAAGCGUUCAAAAAAUUCUCCUUCAAGAAUCAACUAUCGGAAGGAUCAAACCAAACGUGCACUUACGAGUGUUUAGUUUACCAUCAUGUUCGGAGCUAAAUCGGAUUGUUUUUCCAAGCAAUAAAGAUUUAGAGUUGUUUUUGCAAAUUACGGGAACUGUCAUAAAAAGUAGUAUUCCGAAGAUAUUGGAGUAUAAACGAGCUUAUAAAUGCGGAAAAUGCAAAAACAUCGUUGAAACAGAAGCGGAUUUUUACCAAAAAUAUUUGCUUGAGCCCCCGAAAUGGUGUUUAAAUCCCGAUUGUAAACAUAACAAAUUUGUGGUUGAUAACAAAAUGAAUACGAACACAUCGAAAGAUUACCAAGAAGUUAAAAUACAAGAGCAAAUCCUUUAUGCGCAAACUGGGUGUAUUCCAAACACGUUGAGGGUUAUUUUAGAGGAUGAUUUGGUUGAUUCUUGCAAACCGGGCGAUGCAAUAACAGUGUGUGGGAUCGUAAAGAGACAAUUUUCCCCGCUUGUUAUGAACGAAAAGCUCCACGUCGAAACCGUUAUUUUAGCAAAUCACGUCCAAAUAAACAACAAUAACUCAUUAACGAUAGUUAAACCCGAAACGAGGCAAUAUUUCACGUGUUUUUGGGAAUAUUACCACAAAACGCCGCUGAAAGGGAGAGAUAUCAUCGUUAAAUCUUUUUGCCCACACAUUUAUGGGUUACAUUUGGUGAAAUUAGCCGUUUUGAUAACUUUAGCUGGUGGGAGUGCGUUCCAAGAGAAGAACGAUUCGAAAGUAAAAACGCGUUCGGAGCCCCACAUCUUAUUAAUUGGAGAUCCAGGGACGGCGAAAUCCCAAUUUUUAUUAACCGCCUCUAAGAUAAUUGCGAGAUCUAUUUUAACGACGGGAGUUGGCUCAACAUCGGCUGGUUUAACCGUAACGGCUGUUAAGGAGAGUAAUGAGUGGCAAUUAGAAGCGGGGGCUUUAGUUUUAUCCGAUGGUGGGGUUUGUUGCAUAGACGAGUUUAAUUCGAUGAAAGAAAACGAUCGGACGAGCAUCCACGAAGCGAUGGAGCAACAAAGUAUCAGCGUUGCAAAAGCUGGAAUCGUUUGCAAAUUAAAUACGCGCUGCUCGAUUCUUGCCGCGACUAAUCCCAAAAGGGGGUGGGAUUCAAAUCACCCCAUUACGAUUAACACGGGAAUUCCGAGUCCGCUUUUAAGUAGAUUCGAUUUAGUUUUUAUUUUGAGAGAUGUCAACGAUAAAAAUUGGGAUAAAAUUGUUUCAAGGUACAUUUUAAAUAACGAAAUUAACGAUUUUAAAGACGAAAAUAUUUGGGAUUUAGAAAUGUUACAAGCUUAUUUUGUCACGAUCAAAAAAAUUAACCCGAUUUUGAACGAAAAUUCCAACAAAAUUUUAGCCGCUUAUUAUCAGGUACAAAGAAAAGCUUUAAUUCGAAAUAAAUCUCGAACUACCGUUAGAUUAUUAGACAGCUUGAUUCGGUUAGCUCAAGCUCACGCGAAAUUAAUGUUUCGCGACCAAGUCGAAGUUUUAGACGCGAUUAUGGCCGUGAUUUUAAUCGAGGCGUCAAUCGAGAAUGGCUCGGUCCUUAAUUUGGAGUUAAAUAUACGCGAGAAGAAUUUCGAUGACCCAGAAAAGGAUUAUUUAAAGGUAGGGGCUAAUAUUUUAGAAAAACUCGGGCUUUUAAAUGAUUUAAAAGACGAAUUAGAUCGAUUUAAAAUUAAAUGUUUCGAUGAAACCACUUCGUUUCGAAACACCGGGAAAUUAUCGAGAAAAAUUAACAAAUCUUAUUCGAUUAUUUAUAAAAGGAAUGAUUCAAAAAGCUUUAAUUUAAAUGAUAGUGAAGGGGGGAAAGAAUUAAACGUUGAGGAAUCAAAAGAUUUCUUUGUUUUAAACAAAGAUCAAUACAUGGAUGAUUCUGCGUUAUUUAAUCUUGAUGAUAGCACUAAUAAGUGUUUAAAUAACGAUCCUAAAACACUAAAUGAGAAUGAUUCUAAAAAAAAUACUCAAAAAUCUAUCUUUGAUUCAAACCUCAAUGAUGUUGAUUUUGACAUUUAAAUUUGACGUUUAAAAAAAAGUGAGGUUAUGUCA